GCCAAUUCUAUUCUGGAAUAUCUUAUGUGUGGCCCUGAGACUGUCCUAAGUGUUACUUGUGAAGUUAAUCAUUACCCCAGCAGUUGUCUAAAUUGCUUGAUUCCGUGCUUGGUUCGACAGCACAUAUACUAAAUUGCUUGAUUCCACUGGGCUGCACACACAGGAGUCUCCAGAGAGCAGCAUGUUCCCUUUGCUCUUUGGGGCUGGACUGGUGGUUCUGAACCUAGUGAGCUCUGCUACGAGCCGGAAGACAGAACCCCUUAGUAGCAAUGGGGACCAGCCCCUCUUCCGUGGAGCAGAUCGACAUGACUUUUCCAUUGUGAUCCCUCCAGGAGGCACAGAAUGCUUCUGGCAAUUUGCCCACCAGACUGGCUACUUCUAUUUCAGUUACGAGGUUCAGCGGACACUAGGAAUGUCACAUGACCGGCAUGUUGCUGCCACUGCACAUACCCCACAGGGUUUCCUUAUACAGACCUCUAAGAAUGUUCGGGGCCAGAUUAACUUCUCUACCCACGAGACAGGUUUUUAUCAGCUUUGUCUAGCAAACCAGCAAAACCGCUUUGGUUCCGUGCAAGUAUACCUCAAUUUUGGAGUCUUCUAUGAGGGGCCUGAGAUGGACCACAAGGAGAAUGAAAGAAAACAACUGAAUGAUACUCUGGAUGCAAUUGAGGAGAGCACACGAAAGGUGCAUUACAAUAUCUUUCACAUGUGGCGACACUACAACUUUGCUCGCAUGAGAAAAACAGCUGACUUUUUCCUUCUCCAAUCAAACUAUAACUAUGUGAAUUGGUGGUCAACAGCCCAGAGCCUUGUCAUUGUUCUUUCUGGGAUCCUGCAGCUGUAUUUCUUGAAGCGUCUCUUCAAUAUCCCAAUGACUACAGAAACACAAAAGCCAAGAUGCUAAUAAGCUCAAAUGACUACAGUGCCCUAGCUCUUUCCUUCUGGGACACAAGCUUUGUCAAAUCUUUAUAAAGUUGUUGGGAAA